AUGAAGCUCUCUGUCGUCUCCGCCGCAUUUGCCCUUGCUGGCUCCGCCAUUGCCGCGCCAACUCCCCUUGUCCCAGGGCUCCCCCAACUUCCAGGCAUCGGGUCGCUGCCCUCCGUCGAUGGAAUUCCUGAUGCCCUCGUCGGCCAGCUUGUCCCUUCAGUCACCAGGAGUAUCGGUGCCGCCGGUUUGGGAUCACUUUUGGGUCCUCUCCAGGGCCUUCUGGGUGGAGCGUUGGGCGGACUUCCUAUUCCACUGAAGGCCCGCCAGGAUGCAGAGUCCGAGAUCAACGGCUUGAGCCCUGAGCAAUCUGCGCAAAUGAUCCAGUCCAUCAAUGAAAUCGCAUCAGCCCUCCAGGUUGAUAAGGCCGUCAACGGCAAACUACCCGAGGUCCAUGGUUUCUCGAAGGAGAAACAGGAGCAGCUUCUGGGAGCCUUCAAGGCCCUCGUUUCCCAGCUUGCCCCCUUGGCCAAGAACGGCCUGAAGGACAUUGCCCCCAAACUUGAUGCACUUAAUAUCCCAGUUCAGGGCCUUACCACCCGUGAUCCUCUGCUUGAGAGCCUCCCAAUCGUUGGCGGCCUCCUCAGUGGUGGCACUAGUAGCAUCCUCAGCGUCGUCGCUGGCCCCCUCAGCAUCCUCACCCAGGUUCUCGGUAUGACCGGAGUCGCACCACUUCUUGGACCCGUCCUCUCCACCAUCAGCGGACUUGGCCUUCCUCUUUAA